UAUCGUAGCACAACGUAAGGUUCACCGGGAAAUGUUUAUAGGGAAAUAUUAUCCAGUGAAACUACAUUAUGUGACGCCUUUUUUCAGAAACUGCAUCUGUCAGUUUCUACUCACCACACUGGUGACUAUGUUUCUGGAUUUCACUGUGACCGUAGCACUAUAUGGGUGUGCACUAGCCUCCUUGACAACUGGAUACCCACACACUGUUACACGUGUCGGCGACGAUGUUAUCAUAACCAUGAACCCAGCGAAUGUCAGCUUCCCAUAUGACGUAUUGGUGAAUGAUUCGGUAGCUGUGAGACUGUUACUGGUCCUGCCUAAGUCACACCGUGUAGUGGUACUCAACAGCAGUCACACCGGCUACACGACCAGGAUGAGAUACACCGGGGAGGACUCACUAUCACAGACAGGACAGCUGAGGUUUACCAUCUACAAUGUUACUGUACAGGACGCUGGUACUUACUACUGUCAAGGAAGCAAUAACCAGACAGUUACUGGAUGUAGACAGGUCCUCGUUGUAGCACAGGAGCCAACCACACCUACCAUCACCGGACCUGUCUCACCUGUAUCAGGUGAGAAUGUCACCCUGACAUGCUCCUCCUCCUCCCGGAGUCUGCCCCCGGACCAUCCCCCACUGACCAUGACCUAUAUCUGGAGGAGGGACAGGACCCUGCUAGAAUCUGGUGAUGAGUCUCCUACAGGUGGAGAUGACCUGACAAUAACCCACAUCAGCAGAGAGAACCAUGGAGACAUCUACAGCUGCCAGGCCGUGGAGGAGGGGCUGGAGUCUGACUGGAGUCACGGACAUGUACUGGAUGUUCUCUAUGGACCUGACCAGAUACAGUUUGACGGCACAAGUGACAAGCUGGAGGUAGAAGAAGGGAAACCUGUAACAUUGAGAUGUUCUGCUGACUGUAACCCUGCCUGUACUGUAACCUAG